ACUGCAUAUAACCUUACGUAAAGAUGAACUCUUUUGAAGUAUAAAGCAGAGCGUUAUCCUACCUUUGCUUGUUAGCACUUAGCUAUAAGCAUUUCCCCCAAGAGUUCCUUGCCUUGCUUAAAUCGUCACCAUGGUUAAGAUCGACUUUACUCUCCUUGCCCUGGCCACCCUCGGUCCUACCCUUGGUUCCGCCUAUCCGACAGAUGCGGAUGGCCAAGAUGCUCCUGACCUUGUCGCUAGGCAGAGCAGCAGGUAUACUUGCAACUAUUCCUCAGGCAAACGAGCCCGCGCCACUACUGUUGCCGCUUGUGUCGACUCGAUUGCGGACUACGGCAAAGAUGGAAAAGCAUGUCCGGCUGGCGGAUACCGCGUGAUCUGCAAGAAGUUCCCAUCUAUAAAUGUUGCUGUCAACGAUGGCAGAGAAUCAAGAGCCCCAUGUGCCAAGUGGGCGCGGGAUCUCGGAGCGUUUUUGGAUCGAUGUACCGAUGACAGAGGAACGGUUAAGGGGAGCGUAUUUGUCUACCACUCAACUGGCACCUAUCAGAUUAAUGUCCAGGGAGCAUAGGUCGGUUAAUGUGAUUUUCUUAUGCGUUAGCCCUUAUCCUGAGUGGAAGGGACCAAUCUAGGCGAAACAUGCGCUUCAGAAGUAUAAUAAAAUACACCCUUCUAUGUGUCAAGUAGUUAAGCUUGAUUAGCAAUAGUCAAAUGCCUCAUCGACAUGUGCCGAUUGUAUGAGAGA